CCCGACCCGGAAAAGAAUGUUGGGCUCGCGCCCUUCUUUCCCACAGUCUCUUCCUCGAUUUUCUUUAGUAAGCCUACUUAUUCUGCAUUGAGAGAGAGAUCUGUGUUGUAUGGAGCUUCAAGGAAUUGUCAAAGCUUUCCCUAAACGAAAGAAGAUCAAAGAUGAUUCACAGAGGGUGGGCCCCACAAAAGUCUUGAAAGGAGAAGAAACCAGAAAUGUUCACCCAGGGUGGUUGGAACCAGUCAUGGCCUAUGUACUGCAAGCAGGGAUGGGCCAGGCCAGGGCUGAGAUCUUCCGCAAGCAGAUCAUUCAAAAUGGGGGGAGUGUGUGCAGCCAGCUUUCGUCAGAUGUGACACAUGUUAUAUUGGAUGAAGGCAUGGAUUGUAACAGGGCCUUCCGGCUCCUCAAACUAGCCAAGUUACCCCCAGGACUGCAACUGGUGAAGGCUUCCUGGCUGAGUUCAUGUGUUGCAGAGCAAAAGAUGUUGAGCACCAGUGGCUACAGUCUUUUCAUCCCAGAAAGGUACCUGGAUGUGGCAGACGUAUCAAAGAGGCAAUCACAGUUUCUGGGUGAGAAGAUCCAGUGCCAGAUGGAUGGUGCAGUCAUGGAGCUAAAGGCUGAAUCGCAGACGGGGCUCAGCUCUCCUUGCAGUGCAGCAAAUUCCACAGGACAGUGGGAAGCCAAAGGGGCAGGUGUUUGCAUACUGAGGGCCUCUGAUGAUGAGGGAAGUGAAGGGGAAGACCCUGACAUCGCUCAAGGAGAGCUGGAGGCAUUGAGGUCAGGCCGAGAUCUGAACAUUUCUUCUGGAGACUCUUCAAUGGCAUUUCCCACUGGAAAAUGGGUUUGUGCUCUGUCUUCUGAAAGCAAGGAGAUUAAUCAGAAUCCGUGCAUUACGGAGAAGCUGGAGGUGCUGGCAAAAGCUUACUCUGUCCAGGGGGACAAGUGGCGGGCUUUAGGUUACUCCAAAGCCAUUAAUGCACUCAAGAGCUACCCCAAACCAGUCAUGUCCUACCAGGAAGCCUGUAAGAUCCCUGGGAUUGGGAAGCAGAUGGCAGAGAAGAUUGUGGAGAUCCUGGAGAGUGGACAUCUACGCAAGCUGGACCACAUAAAUGAGAGUGUGUCAGUACUGGAAGUAUUUUCCAAUAUCUGGGGAGCAGGAGUCAAGACGGCUCAGCUAUGGUACCAGCAGGGUUUUCGCAAUCUGGAUGACAUCCGCAUGAAGGCCUCUCUCACCACCCAGCAGGCUAUUGGUUUGAAGCACUACAAUGACUUUUUGGAACGCAUGCCACGGGAAGAAGCUGCAGAAAUUGAGCAGACUGUUAGAGAAGCUGCCCAGUCUAUCAAACCUGGACUGGUGUGUGUGGCAUGUGGCUCAUUCCGACGGGGCAAGUCCACCUGUGGUGAUGUGGAUGUGUUAGUGACCCACCCAGAUGGGCACUCUCACCAAGGAGUAUUCAGCAAACUGCUUGAGAGUCUUCGGAGAACUGGGUUUCUUACAGAUGACUUGGUGAGUCAAGAGGACAAUGGCAACCAGAAGAAGUACCUGGGAGUGUGCUGUCUGCCAGGCCGAGACCAUCGCCACCGGCGUCUUGACAUCAUUGUGGUGCCCUACACUGAGUUUGCUUGUGCCCUGCUGUACUUCACAGGGUCAGCCCACUUCAACCGUUCUAUGCGGGCUUUGGCCAGGACAAAGGGCAUGAGUCUGUCGGAGCAUGCCCUCAACAGUGGUGUAGUUCGAGGACCUGGUGGCCUCAAAACAGGGUCUGGAGUUGUUCUUCCCACUGUCACUGAGAAAGAUGUAUUUAUGCAUUUGGGGCUUCCUUUUCGGGAACCACAUGAGAGGGACUGGUAAUGGAAGAAAGUGAUGGGUUUGCGUGCAGCUCUUACAGUGCCCUUCAACACAGAGGCUCAUCUGGUUUCCCUAAUGAAUAUUUGUGUGUACUCAAGGCAAACAAUGAACUCUUUUCUGGUCAUUGAGUUUCUUGUUUGGGAAAAGCCCAAGAUUCUGAAUGUAUUUAACUGGCUUUGAUUGUACUGAGGUCACUAAUCUCACUCCAGUAGAUUAGUAUAAGUAUGAAUGAGGAAAUUAUUGUAAAGCAUUUUGCACACUGGAAAUGCCAUUUAAAGGGUCUAAUAGGAAGAAUGGGGGGAGUGCAUAGAUUUUAAAUUAUAGAUUUAAAAACAUUUUGCAAAAGACAUUGUUCCUGUGAAAGCUGCUAGUAUGCCAACAUGGUGUAGUGGUUAGGGUAUUGGACUCAGAUCUGGGAGACCCAGGUUUGAAUCUCCACUCUGCUAUGGAAGCUUGCUAGGUAACCUUGGGUCAGUUUCAUACCCUCAGCCUAACCUACCUCACAGGGUUGUUGUGAGGAUAAAAUAGAGAUGAGGAGAAUGAAGUAAGCUACUUUGGGUCCCCAUUGAAGAGAAAAGUAGGGUAUAAAUGAAGUAAAUAGGCUGGGUUUUAAAGUGUUCAGACAAUUGAAGACUUCCCAAAUGGUAAUACUGCCCCACCACUAAUAUAGAUGUGUUUAUUUGCAUAAUAAAUACUGAUCAUAGAAGUAGUUUUCCUUGCAGGAUUAGGAAUUGUUUGUCAGUACACCCAUAAGGAGGGUAAAGACAGAUUGCUGUAUGGAAUAUAGACACUACAGCUGGGCAAAUUAGGACAGAAUAACUAGGAAGGUGCUUUAUUAGCGCUAAGAAAAAUUGGCAGUGAAAGAUUCAGUUUAUCUGGCUUUUAAAAGGAAAUUGGAGGAACAUGUUUCAGGAAUGCUUUAGGUGUAGCUUGAGCUAAAAGUUCAAGAUACUAAGAUAAACCAAUUUCUGUGUUAAUUAAUUAUAACUAAUUAAAUUAGCAGGGCUCAGAAGUCCUACCCCGACCACCAGAACUGCUGCUCAGAUGUGCUUAUGUUACUGAAAUCUGUCCAGGCAUUGCCUACAUGCUUCCAAGCCUGUCUUCACUACCUUGAGGGCUAGUACCUUAGUUUUUUCAUCUCUCUAAAAAGCUGCAAUUUUGGUCCAGUGCUGCCUUUUGUACCUGUAUGAUAUAGAAACGUAGAUACCUAGAGUAAGGAAAAAACAUCUAGGAUCCUUGGCCAAUCUGACAUGGAGGAAAAUUCCUUCCUGACUCCAAAGUGGCAAUCACCAUUACCUUAAGCACAUAAAAUAGGCCACCAGAACGGAGCACUGGUUUGUCCAUUGGUGCCCUCCCUCUCAUGGUCUGCCUAAGUUCAUACUGAGUCACAGAAUCAGCAUUACUGACAGAUGGCCAUCUAGUCCCUGCUUAAAAGACCUCAAAGAAGGAUAGCCCAGGAUGCAAAUUGUAGGACACAUCUUUGCUCUGGAUCAUAUAUAGAACUAAAAUUUUGAGCAGGGUGAUGGCGGGAUGCAACUCUAUUGGAAUUCUACUUGUUUUCAAAUUUCUGAAAUCGUUACCCAAUUGCAUUGUUUGUUGAAUGUCCCAGCUGUUGAUUGUGUUGUCUGACACUGUGUAAUCCACCUUGAGUCUCAGUGAGAAAGGGGGACUAUAAAUAAUGCAAAUAAAUAAAUACAAAGUGUCAUCCCAGCUGGAAAGACCAAACCUUGUGGAGAAACUGGAUCCAGAGCUUUUUCAUCCCCUCCUGUAACAAGUACUUGUUGUCAUCCAUGGUAUGCAAUGUGUAAUUAAUGUCUGUAACGUGCUGAUGGCCCAUGACUUUAAAAGGGGGGUAUUAGACAGAUUCGUGGAGAGUUGGUCCAGCAAUGGCUAGGAGUUGUGAUGGCUAAAUGGAGCAGUGCAGGGAGGACAAUGGCUUUCUGGCCAUAUGAGUGGGCUUUUCAGGGGAAUAAUGUAGGCCACUUUUGGAAUACUGACCUAGCUAGAGCCUUGGUCUAAUUCAGCAGUGUUGUUCUUAUACAGUUAAGUUUCUAGACUUUCCUGAAUAUAUCCUAAGGCUCCAGCUUAACACUAGUGGAUGUAUUUAACAUUGUUCCUUUAUACUCACUACUGUUGGAAACAAAUAAUGUUGUAGUCUUUGAAAGGCAAUAAAAAUCUUUUCCCAUU